AUGCCGCUGCCGACAUUAUUAGAUGCCGAAAAUAAAGAAUUAUACAUGCGCGUCUUAAAUUUAUCAUAUCCGUUAACUAUUGAAAAUGUUCAAAGCAAGACAUGCGGUGUACAAAUUAAGUUGGUUUUUCCCACAACAUCGGAUUCUGGUAUCGAAAUUAAAUUUAAGACUGAUAUGAUGUAUUUACCGGCGGGGGCCUACACAUUGGAAAAACUUCUGGAUACUUUAAAUACGUUUGUUGCGGAAUAUGAUGUAAAAUUUACGUUGUUAAAUAAUGGUCGAAUCGGCGUGACUUACAAUAUCGAACGAGAAUAUUGGCAUUCAAACACGCAUAUAAAAAGAGUUACGACAAAACCGCCACAUCAAGUAUUUCAAGCUUUUUCCCAAAAUACCGCUGAGGGUGAUGAAUUUGAAAUGAUGUAUACCAAAUCUUUGGAAUAUAUGUUAGGUUUGCGGAAAUUAAUAGUUCACCCCGAUGUGGUUGAAACAAAAUUGGCAUGGGAACGUGGAUCUUUUUUUUUCGCAAAUCAUUUAAACCCUCCCCAUAAUUUGUAUCGCUUCAUGAAUAAGACCAACGAGAGUGGCGACAACAAUUUUGCUUGUUCUUUCAUGGGUGAAGCCCUUCCGGAUAUUUCCAACGGCAUCGAUAAAAUGUUCGUAUAUUGCGAACAAUUGGAAAUGUCUAUUGUCGGCGAUACAUAUGCGCCCUUGUUAGCUAUUGUACCGUUAAAAGGUAAAGAUCGUGGUAGCGGUGCAUUGUGCGUGUAUACGCCGCCGAGUACACGGCAUAAAUUAAUCAAAAGUAAAAUCGAUCAAUUUAAAAUUACUGUUUACGAUACAACACAUACAUUGAUACCGUUCAGUAGUGGUACCAUUAAUAUUGAGUGCGUAGUGGAAUAA